AUGGAUUUCUCUUCUUCAAAGAAAACCAUGAAAAUCUCAUUAGUAAUAGCUGAUGUAGCAUCAUGGAACUGUGCCAUAGUCCUCUUAUGCCUGAUAUUAUUGGGGUCUAUUAGAGAGAAUUCCGUCCCAAAAGAUCAGCCUGUCAAGGGAAGCCAGCUUUUGGAUAGAGCUUGUGAUGAAAUAUAUGUUGUCGGAGAAGGAGAGACCCUCCACACCAUCAGUGACAAGUGCGGCGACCCUUUUAUAGUGGAGCAGAACCCGCAUAUCCAUGACCCGGAUGACGUUUUCCCUGGACUUGUCAUCAAGAUCACUCCUUCAAAGCCAAGGAAGUUGCUGAGGUAG